CUUUGGACUAGUAUUUAUUUCAAAUUGAAGGUAGACGUAUCCAUUAUUUUUGUCAAAUACGAAUUUAGUUAUUAUUUGAAGGAUAAUAUUAUAGUUUACGAACAAAAUGUUUCAAAGCAUUCUUCUAUCAGAUUUGACACCACAUAGUAACACUUAUGAGCAAACACAAUGGGAAAAUGGCAUGCCAUUCACAGAAUCGUCCACAGUUCCGGAAUGCGAUACAAAAAAAGAGUCAAUAAAAACUGCAAGGAAGAAAUGCAAACGUUUACGGACAAACUUUACAUGGGAACAAUUACGGAUGUUAGAGAGUACAUUCGAGAAGACAAAUUACAUUCACGUAAGCCACCGGCGAGAGCUAGCUCAGAAAUUGGGCAUUGAGGAAAAAUGCAUCAGAAACUGGUUCCAAAAUAGGAGAAUGAAAAAGAAAAGGCAAUCUUCAGAGUCAAGUGAUUCUUUAGCUGAGCCAGAGACAAUGAAUCCCCAACCAUCGAGUAAUUCACCAGUAAUAAAUCCAGACUAUAAUUUCGUUUUACCCAGUAAUCACGGUGAGAAUUUGUAUGCAACUUCUGAUGCUGCCCAAACAUCAACCAAUUCACUCGAUGCAGAACUUUGUUACGGCACCAAUAUUGACUAUACGUACACCCAAUAUUAUCCAAUUAAUACAUUAACAUACAACAGUCCGGUACAAGAUACGUCCUGUCAAUAUUACGAAAAAAAUAAUUAUUGGUGCCCAAAAAAUUUCAAUAACUUUAAUAAUUUAAAAGAGACAAACUAAUUCGAUAUUUUAUGAUUUUCCAAAAUAAUAUGAAGAUAGCUUAGUUCACUGAUGAGUUUGGUUCGUUUUUACCGAUUUUACGUCCACACCUAAUCAUACUAUUGCUACUUAAAUCAUAAACCGCGCCAAUAAUAUAAUCAGCGGAUUCAUAACCCACAUUUGCUGAAACUUUGCGACUCCUUAACCCUCGUGAAUCGAUCAUUAAUUCUGAAUUCAUUUUUCUAAUCUAUUAAUUCUUGGUAGUUGUAAACUAGUUUUAUUUUUAUUAUUAGUAAUAGUUAUUUUAAGUACGUAUGCAUACUAUUUUCUAUAAAUUUAAUAUAUUUUAAUAUAAAAAAAGAUUUAUUUUUACAUAUAAUUUCCAGCUCAGAUGGAUGAGAUUAUUUUAUUAAGUUGACAAAGCAUAAAGUAAAAAAAAUUGUGUAAAGAUAAUAUUGUAUUUAUAACUUCAAUGAUGCUCUUUCUAGAUAGUGCAUUAGUUGUUUUUAUUGAUUAUACGGGUCAACGAGCCUACGGAUCACCUAUUGUUAAGUAGUACCAGAGCCUAUAAGCAAAUACGACAUAAUUACCACCACCCGCCUUAAUACAUGAGUUAUAAGUCUCAAUUCUAUAGUGCCAAGGCUGGCUUUCAAACUGACACGUAUUGCUGCUUCACCACAGAAAAGGCAGGGUGGUACCUACCCGUGGAGACUCACAAUACGCCUUACCACCUGUAAUUGGUAUAUGCAAAUAUAUUUUUUGAAGGUAAAUUUGACGUUAUCGAUUUAAGCGCUUAAAACAAAAGUCAUCUAACCCUAAGAUGUUCUUGUUUGCUGUAAACUCCAGGGUUGUUAAUGUACCUAGUCAGGUCAUAAAUUCUGUCACAUGUUUAAUGUAAAAUAAUUGAAACAAGUUUAUUCAUUAUGUAACCAUUCAUAUACCAAAAUGAACUUAACAAAACAUAGAUUCUUAUGACACUAAAGUUUAUUCAAAAUGACCUCCGUGAUUUUGAAUACAGGCCUUCAAUCUGCGCGGCCAGUCUCUAUCGCAGCACGAACGAGGUCCAUGUCAAUAUCGGCGGCUGCCUUAAUCAAGGAUGUCUUGAGUGACUCCAAAUUGGGAUGAGGCUUUGAGCACGCCUUUUCCUCCAAGUAUUGCCAUAUCUUGUAAUCUAACGGAUUCAAAUCUGGACUGGAGGAGGGCCAGUCUUCGUGCCGGAUGAAGUCGACUUCACGCGCCGCCAGCCAGUCUUGUGUGCUCUUCGCUCUAUGAGCUGGCGCUGAAUCUUGUUGGAAUACCCAGUGCCUGUUAUUGAACAUAGUAUGAGAAACAGGUUCCACAAGGUUCGUCAGGACUGUAUUUUGAUACACAACUGCAUUCGUUUUUACACCUUUCUCACAAAAAUGUACCUCUGUUAAGCCCCAAUAAGAAACUCCCAACCAUACCAUGAGCGAGGAUGGAAAAUGACCUCGUUGGACACGUGGAAUACGGUUGCUCGCUUCUUCGCUACUGUGUGCGUACACCUUAUCAUUUUGUUUGUUGUAGCUCUCUUCUACGGUAAAAAUUUUUCAUCCGAAAAAAGAAUUUCCCGAUAUUUUUUUCCCGCGUACCGCUUAAACAAAGCGUGGCAUCUCUUCAGUCUCAGGUCCAUUAGACGAGCAUUCAAACGAUGUCCUGUUUUUCUUUGAUAUGCCCGAAACCCUAAGUCUUCAUUUAACACCCUUUUCACCGUGGUUCUGCUUAACCCCAUCUGAAGGGCCAACAGUUUCUGCUUACGUUUGGGAUUUCUUUGAAUUCGCGCCUUCACUGCUGGAGUCCUAACAGACCGAGAGCGACCACUUCUUGAUCUGUCAUCUACACUAGAGUCUUCAUUGUAUCGUUUGAUGGUACGAUAAACGAAUCUUUUGGUUAGAUUCAAAUUUUUCAGUAUGUUAAAAAUUUGAAUUGGCGCGUAACCGUAACGAUGCAACGCAAUAACUGCAACACGGUCUUCUUUAAGCGUCCACUCCAUAUUUAAAAAUUAGUAAAAAUUCUAAAAGUAUACAUUUUUAUUUUCAUGAACAAUUCGAAAUUCGAAUUCAAUAAACUUUUUUGUGGCCAGCAUUCUAAAAGAAAAGUUUUUACUGUGUGACAAUACUUAUGACCUGACUAGGUAUAUUUACUACAAUGUUUUAUCAAAUUAAUU